AUGUCGACAGUUAGGUCCCCUGUGGAGUGGAAUGGUGCUGGUAAGAUGCUUAAAGAUCUUCUAGAGCUGUUACCUGGUAAUAUACUGGCUAACUAUGCAUGUCAUUACUGUUUAACUGCCUUCCAGACCAAGGCAUUCCAGUGCUACUAG